CUUUACAGAAAUUCCAGGAAUUUUAAUUAGUACUACUCUGCAAUGUCUUGUGGUAAAAAUCAAGAUGAGAACAAAAUUAGAGAACAAGAGAGAGUUUUGAAAGCCAAUGACAGACAAUUCAACACUUUAUUUAACUAUCCAAACAAUACCAUCAAGACCUCAAAAUAUAAUCUCUUGAAUUUCUUGCCCCUGAACCUAUUUAAGCAGUUUCAGAGACUUGCAAAUGCGUAUUUCCUCAUACUACUGAUUCUACAGUUGAUUCCCCAGAUCUCCUCCUUGGCAUGGCAUACAACUGUGAUACCCUUAAUGGUGGUGCUAAGCAUAACAGCAGUGAAAGAUGCCAGUGAUGAUGUGAAAAGACACAAUAAUGACAAGCAAGUCAACAACCGUCCUGUUCUGGUUUUAAUGAAUGGCAGGAUGAAGCAAGAAAAGUGGAUGAACAUUGAAGUAGGAGAUAUAAUAAAAAUAGAAAAUAAUAAGCCUGUCCCAGCUGAUAUGCUACUACUCUGUAGCAGUGAACCCUAUGGCCUGACAUACAUAGAAACAUCAGAACUGGAUGGAGAAACCAACCUGAAAGUAAAGCAGGCCAUGAAAGCUACCUUUGAAAUGGAAGGGAACCUGAAGCUUCUGACUGAUUUCAAUGGAGAAGUGAAUUGUGAAGCUCCCAAUAACAAGUUGGACAAAUUCACAGGAAUAUUGACUUAUAAUGGAAGAAAAAGUUACCUGAAUCAUGACAAGAUAAUACUCCGAGGUUGCAUCAUCAGGAACACAGACUGGUGUUAUGGUUUGGUGAUUUUUACUGGGCCAGACACUAAAUUAAUGCAGAAUAUUGGAAAUAUCACCUUUAAAAGAACACAUAUAGACCAUCUCAUGAAUAUCCUUGUUCUCUGGAUUUUCCUGAUUUUAAGUUGCAUGUGUAUUAUCCUAGCAAUUGGACAUGGCACUUGGGAAGCCCUAAAAGGUUACCAGUUCCAGAGUUUUCUACCAUGGAAAAAAUAUGUUUCUUCAUCAGUUGUCUCUGCCAUGCUCAUAUUUUGGUCCUAUUUCAUUAUUCUCAAUACCCUGGUGCCCAUUUCCCUCUAUGUGAGUGUUGAGAUAAUAAGAUUGGGUAACAGUUUCUAUAUCAACUGGGAUCGGAAAAUGUAUUAUGCACCAAGGAAUAUACCAGCACGGGCUCGUACGACCAGCCUUAAUGAAGAAUUGGGCCAAGUCCAGUAUCUAUUCUCCGACAAAACAGGAACCCUGACUCAGAACAUCAUGGUUUUCUCCAAGUGUUCUAUUAAUGGGACAUUAUAUGGGUUUUCUAUUGAUGAUAGGGGAGAGUAUAUCACUACCCAUCCAAAAACAGAAAAGGUUGACUUCUCCUACAACACACUGGCUGAUCCUAUGUUUUCUUUUUUUGACAAGACUUUGGUGGAAGUUGUGAAAAAGAGAGAUAAUGAGGUGUGCCUGUUUCUCCUUUCGCUAUCAUUGUGUCAUACAGUGAUAGCAGAAGAGAAAGUGGAAGGUAAGUUAGUGUACCAAGCUCAAUCCCCAGAUGAAGAUGCCCUGGUUACUGCUGCCAGAAACUUUGGUUUUGUGUUCCGUGCCCGCACAUCUGACUCAAUCACAGUGGUUGAAAUGGGGGAAAGUAAAGUCUACCAACUGCUGGCUAUUUUGGACUUCAACAAUGUGCGCAAGAGAAUGUCUGUUAUUGUCAGGACACCUGAAAAUCGGAUACUGUUGUUUUGCAAAGGGGCAGAUACCAUCAUCUGUCAGCUGCUUCACCCAUCCUGUAGAGAUCUCAAAGACACGACCAUGGAACACUUAGAUAAUUUUGCCAAUGAAGGCCUUCGCACCCUCAUGGUAGCCUACCGAGAAUUGGAUGAUUUCUUCUUUGAGACCUGGAGCAAGAAAUACGAUAAUGCUUACCUAUGUGUGGAUAAUCGAGAAGGUGAAAUAGCAUGUGUCUAUGAAGAGAUCGAAAAAGAAUUGAUGCUACUAGGGGCUACAGCUAUAGAAGAUAAGCUACAGGAUGGUGUACCUGAGACAAUUGCUACCCUAAACAAAGCCAAUAUUAAAAUAUGGAUUUUAACAGGAGAUAAACAAGAGACAACUGUGAACAUCGCCCAUGCUUGUAACAUAUUUGAGGAUAAAAUGGAUGGGAUAUUCAUCUUGGAAGGCAAUGAUUAUGAGACUGUUAAACAAGAAAUCAGAUCUGCAAGGGUCCGGCUGAAAAUUGAAACAAACCCAGAAUUGAAUGAUCUCAGGAUGAAACCCCAUAUAUCUUUUAAUCUGCCUGAUGAGGUGCCCAAGGGAAAAUACGGCCUGAUCGUCAAUGGCUGCAGUCUGGCCUAUGCUCUAGAAGGGAACAUGGAGCUGGAACUGCUGCAGGUGGCGUGCUUGUGCAAGGGUGUGAUCUGCUGUCGGAUGACACCCCACCAGAAGGCCCAGAUGGUAGAGCUGGUGAAGAAGUAUAAGAAGGUGGUGACACUGGCCAUCGGGGAUGGGGCCAAUGAUGUCAGCAUGAUCAAAGCUGCCCACAUUGGGGUUGGCAUCUGUGGCCAGGAAGGAAUGCAGGCCAUGCUCAAUAGUGAUUUCGCCUUCGCCCAGUUCCACUAUCUUCAGCGUCUCCUCUUAGUUCAUGGCCGCUGGUCCUAUAUUCGCAUGUGCAAGUUUCUCAGCUACUUCUUUUACAAAAACUUUGCCUUCACUGUGGUACACUUCUGGUAUGCCUUCUACAGUGGGUUCUCUGCACAGGCAGUUUAUGAUACCUGGUUUAUCGCUUUUUACAACCUGGUGUACACAUCCCUUCCUAUCCUUGGCUUGAGCCUGUUUGAUAAGGAUGUGAAUGAAACAUGGAGCCUGCUUUUCCCAGUGCUAUAUGAGCCAGGCCAAUACAACCUGUAUUUCAACAAAAAGGAAUUUGUAAAGUGUUUAAUACAUGGAAUCUACAGUUCUCUCGUGCUGUUCUUUAUCCCUAUGGGGACCAUUUACAACACAGUACGGAGUGAUGGGAAGGACAUUUCCGACUACCAGUCUUUCUCCAUGAUGGUGCAGACCUCCUUGCUCUCCGUAGUCACAGCACAGAUUACCCUAGAGACAAUCUACUGGACAAUGAUCAGCCACGUAAUCACCUGGGGUAGCCUGGGCUUCUACUUUUGCCUCUCAUUCCUACUGUCUAGUGAUGGCUUAUACCUAUUGCAACCCAGCAUCUUCCAAUACGUAGGUGUGGCCAGGAACACUCUGAUGCUGCCACAGAUGUGGCUGAGCCUUGUCCUCUGCAUCAUCCUCUGUAUGUUGCCUUUUAUUGGGUACCAAUUUCUCAAACCACAUAUCUGGCCUGUCAGCAUGGACAUGACUAUUGUGAAAAUUCAUCAUUGUAUGAAAAAGGCAAGGCCAGAACUCAGACAGAGCAAACAGAAACAGAGAAACUCUCGCCGUUCUGCCUAUGCAUUCUCUCAUGUGCAGGGCUUUGGGGACAUCAUCACUUCUGGCAAGAUAAAGAAGUUGUAAAGGAACAAGAAAACCCUAGAUCCUUCAAAAAUAUAGAAGCCCUUAGGGAAACACUAGAAGAAUUUGUCAUUGUUCUUUUCUUAGUAAAGAGAGAUCUAGUAAGGCAGGAUUAGAGCCCCUGGGAAGUCAGUGUGAAACUGCUUACACUCUUCAUUCUGUGCCCAGAAAAGGUAAGGAAGGAGCCCCCCCCCCCUUUUAAUCAACAUUUCAAGAAAGAGCAACACCAGGCUCCCUUCCACUACCAGUUUUAAUUCAGAGAAGCAAAUGGGAAGUGGCAGUUGAAGGAUA